GUGUUGAUUUUGCGUUGAAUAAAAUUGUUGAAUUAUAUUUUAAGUUCCAACACGAUAACAAUGAUAACGUAAUGAGUUGGUAAUAGCUUGGUGACGUAUGAAUCUUAAUCUGUUUUUAUGGCUUUAUCUCUGUCUCUCAUCGUGGUGGGCCCGACCGGCAAAUUGUUAUCACGUUAUCAUACCACAUUGAGGCUCCCACACUGUAGCAACUAUGUCGUACUUGAAAAGAUUGAAUAAAAUUUGUGAAUUGAGCUUGAAGAAUUCCAGACGGAUAAGCAAUGCCCAAACAAAGGCUGAUGUAAAAUUACGGCAAAUUGAUAAGGUUUUAAUUGCUAACCGCGGGGAAAUAGCAUGCCGGGUUAUGCGUACUGCUAAGAAAUUGGGUAUCCGCACUGUGGCUGUGUAUUCGGAUGCAGACAAAAAUGCUAUCCAUGUGGAAAUGGCAGAUGAAGCAUACAACAUUGGCCCGGCAGCCGUUACACAAAGUUACCUGAACAAAAAUAAAAUACUUGAAGUAGCCAAGAAAUCUCGCAGCCAAGCCAUUCAUCCUGGAUAUGGGUUCCUCUCUGAAAAUGUUGAGUUUUGUGAGCAGUGUGCCUCUGAAGAUAUCAUAUUUAUUGGACCCCCCACCUCAGCUAUUAGAGAUAUGGGAAUAAAGAGUACUUCCAAAGCCAUUAUGUCCAGUGCGGGCGUACCUAUAGUUAAAGGUUAUCAUGGCGAAGAUCAAAGCAUAGAAAGACUGCAAGCAGAAGCACAGAGGGUUGGCUUCCCAAUAAUGAUCAAAGCAGUUCGUGGUGGUGGUGGCAAAGGAAUGCGUAUAGCAAUGACGGAAUCGGAAUUCCUGCAACAGUUAGAAUCGGCUAAAAGAGAAUCUCUCAAAUCAUUUGGUGAUGAUAAUAUGCUACUGGAGCAAUACAUCACUGAUCCUAGACAUGUCGAAGUGCAAGUAUUCGCCGACAUGCACGGUAACGCAGUGCAUCUGUUUGAACGAGAUUGUUCAGUUCAGAGAAGACAUCAGAAAAUUAUAGAAGAAGCACCCGCGCCGGGUCUGUCGGAGGCGACGCGCACGGCGCUGGGCGAGGCGGCGGUGCGCGCCGCGCUGGCCGUCGGGUACGUGGGCGCCGGCACCGUCGAGUUCAUCCUGCACCGCGUCACGCAUGACUUCCACUUCAUGGAGAUGAACACCCGCCUGCAGGUCGAGCACCCUAUCACUGAGAUGAUCACUGGCACUGAUCUUGUGGAAUGGCAGCUCCGGGUGGCGGCAGGCGAGCCGCUGCCGCUGACGCAGGCGGAGGUGAAGCGGCGCGGACACGCCGUGGAGUGCCGCGUGUACGCCGAGGAGCCCGGCGCAGGCUUCCUGCCUCGCGCGGGCACCUUGCACCGCCUCGUGCAGCCCACCCCCGAGCAACACUGCCGGGUAGAAACUGGCGUGCGUGAAGGCGCGGAGGUUUCAGUGCACUACGACCCCAUGAUAGCCAAGCUGGUGGUGUGGGGCCGCGACCGCAAUGAGGCGCUCGCCAAGACGAGGGCCAAACUCUCCGAGUAUCAGGUGGCGGGUCUGGAGACGAAUGUGAACUUCCUGCUGCGGCUGGCGGGCGACCCCGCGUUCGUGGCGGGCGACGUGCACACCGCCUUCAUCCCGCAGCACGAGGCGCGCCUGUUCGCCGCGCCCGAGCCCGACCGGCUACAGACCACGGCACGCAGCGCCGCGCUCGGACAUGUGCUUCUGUCCCAAAACGCAAGCAAAAGUCAGACAAAUAAUGGAAUCGAUGUUUCACCGAGUGCGUGGCGACCGAACUAUCAACUUCGAAUAACAAUUUCCCUGAAACUAGACGGCAAAGAUAUCGCAGUAGCAGUAGAAAACGUAGGCCCGAAACUGUACCGAGUGAAAGUGGGAGAGGGAGAAUGGCAGGAGGCGGAAGCGUGGCUGAGCGAGAGCGAGCGCGGCGCCCGGCUCACCAGCGUGGUGGGGGGGCGGCGCGCCACCGUCGGCCUGCUGGCGUUCGAGGACCAGCUCCACGUCUACGACGAGGAGGGUCAGACGAUAGCGUUGCUCCCUCGGGCUAAGUACGGCGGCGCCGGGGCCUCGGAGGCGUCCUCAGACAGCGCCUGCUCGCCCACGCCCGGCGUGCUGGAGAGAAUACUAGUCAAUCCAGGCGAUAAGGUGGAGAAAGGGCAGCCGCUGUUCGUGGUGAUAGCGAUGAAGAUGGAGUAUGUGGUGCGGGCAAGCCGCGGCGGCGUGGUGGCGGCGCUGGCGGCCGCGCGGCCCGGCGACGCCGUCGGCAAGGGCGCCGAGGUCGUGCUGCUCCAACCAGAACCUACCAAAUGAAUCACAUCCUACCAACCUGACUAUUGUCACCUGACACUUAGCGCCCCUUGCACUAUCCCACUAUCACAAAGGGUUAACCGGGUAAAACCGUUAACUAAGUGUCAAAUUGUACUGGUAACCACGAUAACUCCAGGUUUAACCGGUUAACCACGGAAUAGUGGGAUGGUGCAAGUGGCCCUUAGUAUUUCCUCGUUCCAGUCUUUAGCCUUUCGGAUGACACAUCAUUUUGAGAGAUGUUUGAAUUAUAAUUUCCUUAAAAGUUUCGUCACGCGAAGGUGUUCUGUCCGACAACAGUUCUCCAAUAACCAUGCAAUAGGUAAGUAUCUUAGGCGGAUUAACGAAGCCGCAUAGAUCAAAACAGUAAUGUACGCCGAGCGCUCACUGUUGUUAGCAGCAGAAGUUGCUAAGCGGGCCCGCCAGGUGAUCAAAAUGUUAUUGACGCGACUUUAUUCUGAAGAGAAUAAGAGCGGGUCAAGGUAAUUUGGAACGCCUCGCCCGACAGCAACUGUUGCUGCUGACUGGAGAAGCAAUGCGCGGCGAAUUGUAAUUGUCAGGUGACAAUUGUGAUCGUGGUAAAACCAGAGCCCUGUAGAAACUUCCUAGCACUCAUCUAAUAU